CCCAGCCCCCCACCACUCCUUCUGUAGCAGCGGAUGCCCCCCCCAUUCUGUUCCACUGUCUUUUAUUUUUUAUUUUUUCCACAUCGCCCUUCUUCCCACUACAGUCACUUUUCCUGCUCCCCACCUUUUUCUUUUUCCACCAAACACCAUCAUCCUCAUCGCCACGUCCUUUCUUACCGGCGCUCGCUUUCUCUCUUUUGGCCCAGAUCCAAGCGCUCACUUCCCUACCCAUACUUUCCCGCACCCCCCUCUUUGCCUUAUGCGCUGCUGAGUAUAGCGCUCAGAUGUCGUCCCCAUGUCCCUCCCAAAUCGCCAGUCGGAAAUUGGCGCGCCGGCUGCAGCUGUAAGCCCGCCAGACUCUAUGGCCACACCACCGUCAGCCAGCCAUGAUUCGGCCUCAGAGCGACACCCCCCAGCCCUUGUUGAUGCAACACCGCCCUAUCUGGGGUCUGCAAACCCCGGCAUGCAGCCUCCAGAUGAUAUAAUAGAGGAUCCUGCCAUCUUACACAGCCUCAACACCUCCCAUACCGCCUCCUCGUCUACCUCGACAUCGACACCGACAUCUCAACCUCCCACACCCCAACGACCCCAAGCUCCUUCGCUGCUCACACAAGCCCUUGCUACAGCCCGAGGGAUUCCUUCUCAUCCAAAACCAAGUACCGCUUCGAACCCACCGCCGAGAUACAGCAGCAGUCAACCGUCGCCGACGAAAGUUCAACAGGAGCCACCCACCCCAUCGCUUAACUUCACCCAACCGUCCCACCAGCGACGAGAGCAGAGCCAGCCUACCGCCGCUGUGGCCCCCGAAAGCCACCGAGAGAAUGGAGAUAGCCUCUCACAAAAACCAAUAGCCAUGGCCAGCUCAACAGCAGUAACGACAAUGACAUCUGCUUUGCCCACUCGCGAAGUUGCCAGCGGCCCUGCAUCCUUCAGCCAGGAGCCAUUGGGUGUAUUGAGAGAUGCCGCCCGUAGCGGCCGAAACACUCCGCGAGACCAGAGCCGCCGAACGUCAGCAUCCCUCGAAAUCGAUAGACGAAACUUUAUGUUUGACCACGACCCGUUCCUAAACUAUUCCACGACCGAAUCCUCCUCCAAAACACUGACAACUGGCAAUUAUUUCAGCGCAAUCGAUGAUGUUCCUCCAGAAUCCACGGCCGCAGAACCAGAAGUUACGGACACAACCAUGCUUCAUCGACCGCGCAAGGUCGACAACCGCUUUGCGGCCGGCACCGAAGUUACAGAAAAAGUGUGGUCGAUUGGAGCUGGAGAGGGCAACGACGAAGAUGGCUUGGUUGAGCAAUCUGUCGCCGAAGCCAUGGCCGGUUUAGAACCCAACGCUCGAAGCCGCAAAGCAAGUUACAGCUUGCGCUUCUUCAAGGAGGGACUGCCCCCAGAGGACAAACCACGCCGCAAAGAUACAAAGCAAUCCCACCGCGAAAGGAAGCUUUCUACGACAACCGAAGAGUCUUUUGAUACAGACAGUGUUGAGCCCAGCGAUACCGACUCGUUGGCCGACGUAAUUGAAGAUACGACCAACACAAUCACUCCCAAGAUGGAACCCGUCGCCUCCCCCAAGAAGCAAGCGCAGGACCUGCUGUCCACUGUAGACUCAUCUGUGACACCAAAGUCCCGAACUGCAGCCCCGUCCUCAGAGGUAGAGUUUCUAGAUCUGGACGAGGACAGUGCGCACACUCUCCCCCCACAGGUUAUCCAGACCGGUCAACAUGAUAGUCUGUUGGUGUCGCCUGUCAAAGUGGGGCCGAGCACAACUGCUCGUGCCGAGGUGGCGGCGCCAGAUGAAACGGGAUCACCUGAUAGGACCGAUACGGGCGAUUCCCAAGACAGUGGCGAUGCAGACGCUGAUGAUUCGGGAGAGGAAAAGAUCUCUUCUGCCGUCUUCCUUCCGCAUCAAGAGCUUCCCGAAUCGCGACCAACCGAGGAUACUCGGAUCGAUACAGCAACUUCUGCACAUAGUGGUCCCCUUGCCCAAAGCAAGUCCCAUCCAUGGCUGGUAAAGGCCGACGAGCCUGAGCUGGAGCUCGAGCCUGAUCUCAGCACGAGACAGGAUGAAUCGGCCCAACCACAGCCGCAGACCCAACCCAACGAAGAGCUUCCCAGCCGUCCGAAGGAUGCUCCCAGGAGCUCACCAAGCGACCGCCCACGAGAAGUACAGCUUGCAGUCACUAAACAGCCUGGCCCGAACGUACCAAUCACAGUAACACCUGCGGAAGACCCGGCCGCCCGUGAUGGCCAAAACCAGCCGAAGGAACCUCUGGAGGCGAUCGAGCUCAUUCCAUACAAGCACCAGGUUGGUGGACACACGACGAUUUGGCGAUUUUCUCGUAGGGCUGUUUGCAAACAGCUCAACAACAGGGAAAACGAAUUCUACGAAACUAUUGAGCUCUACCACCGUGAUCUGCUAGCCUUCCUGCCUAGAUAUAUUGGCGUCCUCAACGUCACGUUCCAAAAGGAAGCUCGACGACGUAGCGUGUCCAAGAAGGAUGAUCAAGCAGCUGCGGAUCGCAAGAAGAUCCAAGAGGAGGUGGCUAACACGGUAGACGUUUCAACUAACAGCAGCAAUGGAGAUUCUACUGUAGCUCCGGCUGCUAGAAUCAUUAGCGAAUCUCUGGCGCAAAGCAGCAUGUCUGUGCCCACUGUCACCUUCAGCGAUAACAAGCAUAUUUUACCCCGCAAUCUCCUCCAGCCAUUGCCACCCAUCGAUUAUAGCCGCCGCCGAAGCACGCCAAUGUCCAAGGCUUCAUCGCUGCCCCCACAGGCACGUCCGCAGAUGGAGAAUCGUCCAAACAGCUGGGGUGCUACCACUAUCAAUAAGCGCCUUAGAAAUGAAGUGUUCAACGAUGCAUUCUUAAAACAACCAGUUGAAGUACAAAGACACCGUCGCCCGCAUCAAAAGUCAGUCCCGCGGCCGACCAUGCAGCGUCUCCUUCGACCCAGCAAUUCGGAUCCCAACCUUGUGCCAGCACCAGACUCGCCAGUUAAGAUUGCACCACUUACACCGAUUGUUCCCCCGUCACCCAUCCUUCGACCCCAGAGCCAAAGCGACCUUGGACCAGAUACUAGCGUGUUAGUAACUGAAUCUGUGGAUAACGAGGCUGUUAAAGAUGUUACUGGUACUAGUGCGCCAGAACCAGAGAUCCUCAAUGGCAACCCACUCGGUACGAAAAAGAAGCGACGCUACUCAGCAGGAGGUUUACGUAGGAAACCUCAGGAUGUCCGCGAUAACCGCGGAGACCUCAAGUACUUUGAAGAGGCUGACGAUGCCAACAACUUCAAGGAUGCAUCAGACAAACAAGGCGACGAUGAAUCAUCUGCAGCUAUACCCAUCAACAAGACCAGCACUGCUCAUGUUCCUCCUACACUGGAGCUUGUUCACUCAGCGGCCGCCUCCACUGUGCCAUCGGAAACCCCUAGCCCAACCGUUGAGUUCAAGAAGAUCCCUCGUCCAGUCAAUCCAAAGGAAGCAAAGACGCGGCGCGACCGUGUUGAAUACUUCCUGCUAUUGGAGGAUCUGACUGCUGGUAUGAAGCGUCCCUGUAUGAUGGACCUGAAGAUGGGAACCCGACAGUAUGGAGUGGAAGCGACAGCCAAGAAGCAGCGCUCUCAGCAGGAGAAGUGCCUCACGACCACGUCAGCGGAACUCGGCUUCCGAAUCUGUGGCCUACAAGUUUGGAAUGCUAAGACACAGAGCUACGACUUCCAGGACAAGUAUUAUGGCCGCCGUGUCAAGGCAGGCUCGGAGCUCCAGAAUGCUUUACAGCGCUUCCUUUACAAUGGAGUGGAGUUGCAGAGUGUGCUUCGUCAUAUUCCGAUUGUACUACAAAAAUUGUCCCAGUUGGAGCACAUCGUACAAGGUCUGCGUGGCUAUCGAUUCUAUGCUGCCAGUCUCUUGAUCUUUUACGAUGGAGACACCUCUGAGGACGGCACCAAUGGUUAUGAAACCUUGUACGAUUCAACCACGGACUUCGCCACCGAUACUGAAGAGACCUAUCGUCGCUCCAAGAAGAGGAACCCACGCGAUAUUGACUUCAAGGUGGCAGACUUUGCCAACAGCGUCACACCAUUCGACAACAUCGAUGAAAAGCCAUGCCCUCCACACCACCCAAACCAACCAGAUGGUGGUUUUCUCAAAGGCUUGCGUAGUCUGCGCAAGUAUUUUCUGGCUAUUCAACGAGAUGUGAGAGCAGAGCUUGGGCUAGACCCUCUCGGGCGAGCUGCAGCACGAAUGGAAGAGUUUGAGAUGGAACAAGAAGAGGACGAUGGCAUGAUUAGCCUGUGAAGACAGUCCACUUAUAUUAUUUUACAACAUAUGCCCUGGCAGUUACGACAAGCGAUUUUUUUUUCGAUUCUUUUCUUUUGCAAUGCAAGGCGUUUUGCUCUUAUCAACUGGAGUCAGACGGAAAGCUAAAACGAUCUCUUUUCCUUAAGGCCUCAACGGUAGACAAAAAUGCUAUACUAGCAACGGCGUCUUGUGGGUUUCUUUACAGAUUUUUAUUUUUUUAGAACUGAGGAAGCUCUGGCUUGACAAGUGUUUAUUGUUUUUUAUUGGGUUGUUUUAGUAAGCGUGCGGUAGUUUAGGAAGUACAUACCCCUUUGGCAUUAGAUGUAGAAAUGAGCAUGAGACUUUAGAUUUUUAAGUUAU